UCUUUCUCUUCUCUUCUCUUCUCUUCUAGUCAGGAGCUAUUCCCUUUCUAUUCUAAUUCUAACUUCUUGGCUCGAUUCAGUUUUCUUAAUCUCUUUUUGCAGCGUAUAUUCCUAUAUACGUAUGUAUCUACGGGAUCUCAUCUGCAUUGUGCUCUGCGCGUUAUUGAUCUUUCUUUCUUGCUUGAUUUGAAUUGCGUGCCAAAUUUCUCUGCUGGGUUUUGGGUUUGGAGGGGCGGGCGUGACGACAGGGGAAACUGCAAUGGGGUUGCUUUUCUUGAUCAAGCUCGAGGGAAAAGUCUAUAGCUGCAAACACUGCCAAACCCAUUUUGCUCUCUCCGAGGACAUCGCGUCUAAGAAUUUCCACUGCAGGCAUGGGAAGGCUUAUCUCUUCCAUAGGGUCGUGAAUGUCACUGUCGGAGAGAAGGAAGAGAGGAUGAUGAUUACUGGGAUGCAUACUGUUGUUGACAUAUUCUGUGUUGGAUGUGGUUCGAUUGUAGGGUGGAAAUAUGAGUCUGCUCGGGAGAUGAACCAGAAGUACAAGGAGGGGAAAUUUAUUCUCGAAAGAUUUGGAACAAUUUUCCGGUUGGCCAGGUUUAAGGUCUUGGGUCCGGAUGGAAGCCACUACAUGGGUAUUCAGGAAGCUUUGGUUAGCGGAAGUGACGUUGAGGAUGCUUGAUCAGCCUGCAGCAGCUUCAUUCUGGUGUACCAUUGACUGAUCAUCGAUCAUCCCCUUUUAACUGUACAUCCUCUGGACCUUCUCAUUGCUGUCUGAGACCAGUUAGUACUAAGUACCCAGAAACUGCAUUAGAAACAUUGCUCAUGUUUCAGAUUAUGCAUUUCAUGCUAUUGAUUGCUAUCCUAGUUAUUGAUUUCAUUUCCUA